CUCACAGUGACGUGGCCCUUACGAGACCUAGAGCUGACGCGUGGAUCCGUGUCUCCUCCUAGUUGCAGUCUGGUAGUCGUUUGUGGCUGUGCGCUGUCUCGCUAUUGCUUUGAAGGCAGGCGAGCCUGUAGCCCAGGGAAGAAGGAGGAAGUCGUAGACGCUGACCCCGAUCCGCGGCAGGUCUUUAGGUCGGUUGGUGCAGCAGAUUUCAAAGCUAAGAGAGGAAGACUGCUUCUGAUCCCUGCAGGAAGAAUAAGCAGGAAAAAAAAUCUCAAAAUGGAAAAUAUCCCCCAGGAAACCAAAGGAGACGAGCAGGCUCUGGUGCAGAAUGAAAACGAAGCCCACCCUUUGGGAGGUGGUGAAGACCAGGAGCCUGGAGGAAAUAUUAGAGCGGGUUGGGCCCCACCUGCCCAUGAUGUUAGAGAGGAUAUGCCCAAUAGGCUUGUCAAUAACCUUGACAUGAUAGAUGGAGAUGCAGAUGAUAUGGAACGGUUCAUGGAGGAGAUGAGAGAGCUAAGGAGGAAAAUUAGGGAGCUUCAGUUGAGGUACAGUUUGCGUAUUCUUAUAGGUGAUCCCCCUCACCAUGACCAUCAUGAUGAGUUUUGCCUUAUGCCUUGAAUGCUGAGGUUAAUAAUAAUAAACCCCCUGCUUCCCAAAGUUGCAUUUUCUUGAUGUACCUUUUGCUGUGAACAUGUGGUGUUCUGUCAUUUUUCUGAUUGAAAAUUUCAUUUUGACUUUGGAAGUUUUUCUGUCAGCAGGGGAGUUUCAUCAACUUGCAUGGAAAGAUGUUUAUUACAUACUGUGAAGGUAAUAAAGCAGUUUAAAAAGCA